UUUCUCACUUUACCUUACCAGGGCCAUCACUGUUGUACUUGAUAAGACACUGAGAGGCACUGGAAAUUUUUUUCUGGCAGAGCAUCACACGUGAUUAUGAGAUGGGCAUGCCAACUUUUUGUGUUUGGGGGCAUCCCAGAUCGAGGAUUUAGGAGUGAGACGCCAGUCUAUUUCACGUACUAAAAUGCCGAAGCAAUAUCAUUUCUUUAAAAAUGGGGUGAGGAGUGGAUUGGAAGAUAAUUCAUUUUUCGUAUUAUGGGACUUUUUAGAGUCCUGGAUUUUUCAAAAUGAUUGGGCAACAAUCUUAUUUAUAAUUUUUCUAGGAAUUAUUUUUGAGAUAGUACUCAUAAAAUUUUGUACAUCCUUUCAGAAGAAGCCCACAUUUCCAGAAAAGGAUAGUUCAGAUACUCAGGAGAAUGAAGACAGAUGCCUUAAAAGUGUGAAAUUUGCAAGAGAAAAUUUGUCAAUUACUUGUUCAUCUUCAGAAGAAAGAGCUGAUACUUUUUCAGAAAGAACAAUUACUUCAUCGCUUAUAUCUGAAGAAAAUGAAGGUAACUUUGAAGAUAGAGUUUCUUCAUCAGAUGAAAUCGUAUGUGCAGGAAAUAGUGAAAGUGGAUAUCAAGUAAGUCACUUAAGUGAAAGUCAUAUGCCAUUGUCAUGUGGGACUAUCUCAUCUUUGUCAGUAUUUCUUUCAGAAGUAAAGGAAUAUUUUCAAAGUCAUAGAAAAUAUCUGAAAAAUGAAUAUGAAACGAUAGAAUUUUCAUCAAAGAGAUUAUUUUCAAUAAUGAAAGCCAACAAAAAUAAAAACUUGAAGUUUUCUUCUGAUCUCAACUUUUCAAGAACUCCUAGAUUUACUAUAGAAAAUGAAGAUCCAGAUGUGGCCCCAUGCCCUCCUGCCCACCUAUAUCUUUCCAGAGAACAAGUUAGGCUUCUGGAAGAAAAUGUGAGAAGUCAAAUUCCUUUCAAAUCAAAAGCUAUAUUAGAGAGUAAAUCUACUCAUCUAUAUUCAAGAUCUCAUGAGUCCUUGAUUCAGAAUCAACAUUCAAUUAGAAUGGGUAUUUCUGCCCAGGCACAAGAUUGUUUUUUAGGACAAAAUGCUGUUCAGAAUGAAGCCCAACAACUUGUUCAGAACCAAGAAUCAGUGAACAGCCAGCCUACUAUCAAGGUCAGAUACUUUGCUCAGCCUCAAGAUUUGAUACAGAAACCAUUUUUUGGCAGCACACAAGACUCCUUCCAGACCCAAGGCAUGGCUAGGAGCCAACAUUUGAUCACAGUCCCAUAUUCUGUUGUGAUUCAAGAUUCAAUCAAGAGCCUAGAGUCUGAUAAAAAACAUUUAGAGGAGGCUCAAUAUUCUGUGUGGUUUGAAGAUUCAAACAAGAAUAAAUACUUAAUCAACAGGCAAAAUACCAUUCUUGAAAAUGCUGAAUUUCUGGUUUUAACUCUAAGUACAGAUUCAGUUACUGAUGGGAUGCCACAGCUAAAGAGUUUAAAGCCAAAGGAGCAGCAGCAAGUUUCAUCAAAGUCAAACCAGGAUUCUGUAGAUAGCUCCGUGCCUCUUUCACCUACCAUAAAAAGGCAGAAAAACAGGAGAAAAACAUCAGAAAGAAAAAGUAAAGUCAGUCACCAAGUUCCAUCUCUAAAGGCGAAGAAAACACCAAUUUCACAGGUAUUUCAAAUCACAACAUGUCACCCUUCGAAAAGUAGCAAGGGGUUAGGAAGUAGCAAUCACAAUGAGAUGAAGGAAUUACAUCAAAUUGAAGGUGUAUCAGAUAUAGCUUUGCAUCUUAUUUGUGUUUCCAAGCAUGUUCCUCCUUACGUUAAAAAGUAUUUCAGAAAAAAGCUAGUGAAAGUCGUGCCAGAUUUAAUGAAAUGUAGACAUUUUCUCUGGAAGCAAAAUAAGUCACCAGAUGCAGAGAAAAUAAAUUAUGCAGGUUCUUUUGAGGACAGAGAAAUCUCAGGCAUUAUUAAAAAUGUAAAGCAGCAUAGCACAGAAAAUAAAGGACUAAAAAAUAUUUCACUAGAAAUUCUACCUCAGGUCACACAGUCUUUCAACGCCAACACUUACCAACUAAAAACACCUUGGUAUUCGUUAAUGGAAACAAACUUGAAGAAUAAAGAGUCUCCUAAAGAUCCAGCUGAUGUUGUGGCUAUAUCUGAACCUAUGCAGAAAUUUGUUUCCUCUCCCAAAAUGGAGUCAAGCAGAAGAAGCAUGAAAAUAUGUGAGGACCUAAAAAAUACAGAUAAUUCCCAUGCUCAACUUUCAGAAGGACAGACGUUACUAACUAGUACAUCAAAAAUGCAAAGGAGCUUUCCAAAAGAAAAUACACAAGAGCAAAAAGAUCUAGAAAUUGUUGUGGAGACUUCAGAUAUCAAUUUGCACAUUUCAGUAGGAACCAAAAAGCAUAAAAGCAGUGACAAAUUGGCACGCGUAGAAAUUCGAGUGAGUUCGGAAGGUGUAAUUCUAAAGGAGAAGAAAUCAUCAGUACGUAACAUUACAGACCAUGAUAACCUAAGUCCAAGUGAGAAACUGGAAUGCAAUACUAGAAGCAACAUAAAAAAUAUACAUCAAGAGAAAAUACCAGAUACAUUUCAGAAUGCUGCUUACACUACCAUUUCUGAACCAUCUGAUUUGGAAAUGCACAGCAGAAUAAAAUCUGAGACAGAUACAUCAAGAAUAAUAAAGCUCAGUCAUUCAGCAGUAGAACAAGAGAGGUCACCAGAUGAAGAGAAAACAUGUAAGGCAAAAUACACUGAUAAGGAAUAUAUACGAGACUUUUUUAAAAAUCCACAGCUAUGUGACAGAGAGGAAGAACAAGAAGUUUUGCAAGAAGCAGCUCCACAGUUGACACAAGAUUCCAAGAUAAGCACACAUCUAAAGCAGCAGCCUGAAAAUGCCAAAUGUGAAAUGGAACAGAGCUGUUCAGGAAGCAGAAAAACCCCAAAUAAAGAGCAAGCAGGACAUCCACAAACACUUUUUACAGAAACUAUUUUGGAGAAUACUCCAUGCCUCACAACGGAUCCAUUUCAAGUUGAGAAGCUGAAGCAAAGCACAGACAGACAUACAGGCAGAGAAUAUACUGCAGAUCCACAGAAUCCACUUACAUUGCCAGAGAAUUUACCAGGCAGAGAACUUUUAAUUGAAACAACUGAGCGUGGUGUCCCAGUUGGUGGAAACCAUAGCAAGUCACCAGAUGGUCAUAUUGCCGAUAAAAGGGAAAACUUAAAAAGAGGUUUACCUGAAGUUGCUCUGGGAUCUUUUAAUAUCCACGUGCUUAUGUUACCAUGUUUUAAAAGGCCAAACAUCAGAAAAAAAUUAUCAGGAACAAAAAGUAUACCCAGUCAUAAAUAUGGAAUUAUGAAGGUAAAGAAGCCAGCAAUCUCACUGAUACCAUACAUCAAUGGACAUGGUACUCCAAGUCAUAGAAAGAAAUCAGGAUACAAUUUAAAACAUGUAAUUAAACAAAUUCUACAAGGUAAAAUUGUGGCAGAUGUGCUUCCUGACAUGGCUAUUUUGCCUAAGGGUAGAAUGUGUACCAGAUUAAAUGCAGAGAAUCAUAGCCAGACCAAGCUAAAGCAAGAGGAAUUACAAGUGGAAAGGGAAGAAAGGUGUUCAGAUUCCACCAAUAAGGGAAGUGUCUCUAGAGACACACCAGAAACUAAAUUACAAAAUGAAGUGAACAGAGAAGCUUCACCAAAAGCAAUUCCUCACGAUAGCUGCAAUCUCAGAUUUGAUGCAUAUCCGGUGAAGGAACUUAAAACAGAAAAAGAAAUGCAGCAAAGAAUUCCAUUCACAGAAACCACUAUGGAGUCUGUUUACUCCCCCAUAUUGAAUCCACUUCCUGUUGAGAAUAUUCAGAAAAGCCUAACAACACCAACAGACGUAAAAUACACUGAAGAUUCUAAGGUACCUCCUCUGACAUCAGAAAAAUCACUGACUGGAGACCCUGUAUACCAAACAAGAGAAAGUGAAGUUCCAGAUACUAGAAGUUAUACAAGAGAAAUGGGUUACAACAUUGCAGACAAAACAGAAUUACCAAAAGAUUUACCAGCAUCUUUCCCAGAGACAUUUAUUUUCUGCAUGCCUGCUCUAUCUCAUUCUAAAGGACAGAAAAACAGAGUAAGAUUAGCACACUUGAAAAGGACAGUGAGGCCCAAAUAUGUACCUAUGAAGGCAGUGAAGCCAUCAAUGUCACAAAUAUUUAUUAUCACUGCAUCUCAUAACUUUGGUCAUAGAAAGCAAUUGAGAUCCAACUUUAAGACCAAAGCUAAAAAGAUAAAUCAAGCUAAAGGAUUGGUAGAUGAAUUUUCAAAUACCAUUUGCUGUUCCAUGCAUGGCAGAUUAGAAGCAGAGACAAACAGGUGUGAUCAUGCUCAGUUAAAACAAGGACAACUAGCAGAUGAAGAGAGAUCAGGGUAUGCUGAUUCCUCUGAUCAGAGCAGUGUAUCCUACCCUAGAGAAGAAAAAGUACAAGAUGGAGAGGAAGAAGAACAAAAAGACUUAGCAGAAGCAGCUCCACAGCAUACCCAACACCCCAGAUCAGAUGCAUAUCAAAUCAAGGAGAACCACUCAGCACUGAACUGUUUAACACAGAAGCUACCUAUUGAUGGGCAAGAUGCACAGUACCAAGCAUGUUUUCCACAAACUGUUUUGCAGGCUAGCCCCAUAAUGGAUCCUAAAGAAGCUGAAAUACUGCAGAAAACCAACAAACCAGAAAAUGACAUAAAAGUCCCUGCAGCUCCUAAGAUUCCAUCUCCAAAAGCAGGGGACUCAUCACUCGAUAAACUUUUGAACACUGCGACAGAGUGUGGUUUACCAUCUGGUAGAAACCCUAACAGGGAAUUAGAUUCUUAUUUUGUGGAAGAAAAUUCACAGUUACCAAAAGAUUUGCAACUGACACCCCUGCAGUCUUCUGAUUCCUUUAAAUCUUUUGUUUCUGAAUCUAAAAGACAGAAAAAUACAUUAGCAAACAAGCAAACAGCAAUGAGUUGCAAGUGUACAACUAUGAAAGCAAAAAAGCCACCUAUUUCACAUAUGCUUGAUGGAAGAUAUAGCAAACAAUGCCAUAUUUACCUGAAGACGAAAGAUCCACCACAAAGUAAAAAUGUAGCAGAUUCACAUUUGGAUGUCAUUCAUUCCUUAGUGCCUAUUUUGACCAGUAUCAAAACAAGUAGCAGCUUAAAUGAGACAGAUAAGCAAAUGAGACAGAUAACAAGACUUGAUCAUAUGCAGCCAGUCCAGGAUAAAUCACCAAAUGGAAGAAAAGUAUGGUUCCCAGAUUCUGUUGAUAUGAGUAGUAUAUCCAGCAGUGUGAAAUAUGAAAACGAAGAGAAAGGAAAACACAAAGCUUUACCGGCUCCAGAGAAUAACCAACACUUCAGGUUCAGUGCAUAUGAGAAGGAUCAUGACCUUCUCAAAUCAGAUGAGGAAGCGAACCAACUAGGAAGUACCAAUAUUCAGGUGCAACCACAAACACACUUUACACAAACUAUUUUGGAUUCUACUUCAUGCCCUGUAGUGAAUCAGUUUCAAUUUGAAAAGCUAGAGAAGCAUGCUAGUAUUUCACCUCCAAAGUCAGGGGAGUCAAAGACUGAUGAAAUCAUACCUUCUGCAAGAGAAUGUGGUGGCUCAUCUGAUGGGAACCAUCAGAAGGAACAGGAUGGUGGGGUUGAAAAGAAGAAGACAGUGACUUUCGAUGUCAGUAUGCCUGCUUUAGCUACAUUCAAAGGGAAGAAAAACUUCAAAAAAUUUUCAGACAUAAAAACUUCAGUGAAUUCCAAAUACGGUGUUAUAAAGGCAAAGAAACCAUCAAAUUCACACAUGCUCAAUAUCAAGGGUGACACUAGCUCAGACCAUAGAAAAGAAUUGGAAUGUAACUUGGCAACCAAAAUUAAAGAGACGAAUCAAGGUAAAAAAGUGGUGGAUAAAAAAUACCCUUUUAUAGCUAUUACACCUGAAAUUAAUAUGUAUAGCAAAAUAGAAACAGAAAAAGACAUGUUAGGAGGAAAAAAACCCGGUUCUACACAAGUAAAGCAAGAGAUAUCAUCACAUGAAGGGAAUAUUACUUCAGAUGACACCAAAGAAACCGAUCUUCAAGGUGAAGAAGAAAGUGAACAGGAGGCAUUAUUAAAAGUAAUUCCACAGUUCAGUCAACAUUUCAUAUUCUCUUCAGGUCAGACGAAAGGGCUUGACCUUUAUGAAUCAGACAAACAAGGAAGUAGGAGAGUUUUGUUUGUUACAGAACAAGUUGUACCACAACAGGUGCAGCCUCCAGAUCCAAUUCAGCUUGAGGAGCCAAAGAAAAGCCUCCAGAAACAAUACAGCACAAUAUGUACAAUGAGUUCAAAGCAUCCUCCUUUAGAGUCAGAGGAAUCACUAAAAAUUGGCGAUGUAUUAAUUGAUGCAGUAAAAUGUGGUGCCCCAGUUGAUAGAAGCCAUACAGGGGAACCGCACAGUCCUGGCAAAGAGGAAAAGGCAGAGUUAAAACAUCUACAAGCAACUGUCCUAGAGUCUUUGGAUUUUGCUACACCUGAUCUAUCUGACUCUAAAAGGCAAAGAAAGACAAUUAAAUACAGAGCCUUAAAAAAUAAAAAAAGUCUCAAAGGUGCAAUUAUGAAGGCAAAGAAGGCAUCAAUUUCACAGAUAUUUAAUAUUCCAAGGUGUGGUCAUCUAAAAAAUCUACCUUCAAAGACGCAAAAAUCACACAUCGCUGAAUUUUUAAUUCAUGUAAGAGACUCUGGGGUCCUAGCUGAUGAAUUUCAGAUGAGAGUUCUGGAAGAUCUAACUACAAAGAAAAAGGAAGGACUAGCAUCACAAUUACUGGCAGCAAUUCUGGAGUCUUUGGAUUUCUCCAUGCUUGCUUUACCUGCAUCUAAAAGAAAGAGAAACAAUUUAAAACUUACAGACAAGAGAAAUAAAAUGAGUCUGAAAUGUGCCACUUUAAAGGCAAAGAAGACACCGAUUUCUCAGACAUUGAGUAUCACAGGAUGUGGCACACCAAGCCAUAGAAGGCGAUUAGAACACAACUUCAAAACCAUGAUGAAACAAGGUAGACUUGUGGCAGAUAUAUUCAAAAAUGUUAUUUCCUCUCCCGUGCCUGUUUCACUUGGCAUUAAAAUGCAUAAUAGAAUAAACGUAGAGACAAACAUGCUGUGUAAAACAAGAAUCAGUCGUGAACUGCAACAGCACGAGCAAUCACCCAAUGAAGCGAGAGCCUGGUGUGUGGAUUACAGUGAUAAGAAAGGCAGUAUCUCAGAUGGCACUAAAGAAGUCAAAGACCAAGGUAGAGAGGAAGAGAAUGCUGAAGGCCUGCUAGAAGCAGUCCCACUGAAUUCCCAACACUUCAGUUUCAAUGUUCGUGAAAUGAAGGAGCCUAACUUUGUGAAAUCAGACCUAGGAAUGAAGAAUUUAGAAAGUAAAAAAACCCCAGAAUCAUUUACUACAGCUCAAGGGCUACCGCAACAAACACUUGCCACAAGAAGCCUAUUAAAGAGUAUUUCUUAUUCUAUUUUGGAUUCAUUUCCAUUUGAGAUGCUACCAAAAAAAAUGAAAACACAAAAAAGCUUUCAAAAUAUAGGGAGUCCAAAUAUUUCAUAUUCAAUGCCAGGGAAAUCAAUUAGUGAAUUUUUAAAUGUUACAACAAAGAGUGAAAUCCCCUUUGAAAAAGGCUCUAGAAAGGAAGUUGCUAGUUCUAUUCCAGAUGAAAAGAUGAGGUUACAAAAAGAUUUACAAGUAAGAACCCUAGAGUUUUUUGAUUUUCCCAUGCCUAUAUUAUCAGAAUCUAAAGGACAGAAAAACACGGCACAGGUAUCAGACAAAAAAAGUACGGUGAGUACCAAAUGUGAAACUUUGAAGCCACAAAAGCCACCAAUUCCACAAAUGCUUAGUGUCGCUAGACGUGUUAACCUAAACCAUGAAAAAAAACAGAAAUGCAACUUUGAAGUCAAGAUGAAAGAAAUGCAGCAAGGGAAAAGUAUGCCAGAUGCCUUUUUGACUACUCAUGUCUCUUCUGUACCAGUUUCACCUGACAUUAAAACUUGUAACAAAAUAGAAACAGAGACAAACAGAUUAAGAAAUGUAAGAUCCAGUGAUGUACCACGUACCUAUUUCAUUGAUAAGGGCUGUACCUUAAAUGACAGAGAAGCAAAAGUGCAAGAAGAGGAAGAAGACAAAGCUUUACUAGAAACUUUUCCAUACUGCACCCAACAAGCAAUGUCCUCUGAAUAUCAAAAGAAAGAGCCAGACCUUGUUAGAUCAGAUGCAGAUGUGAACAGUUCAGAAAAUAGAAAAAAUCAAGAAUUGUUUAUUACAGAGCAAGAGGUGCCACAACAAACAACUUUUCCAGAAACAACUUUAGAGACUAUUUCCUGUGCUUUAAGGGAUCUGUUUCAAGUCAAGACAUCAGAAAAAAACAUCACAACGCAAAAAGGUGUAACAUCUCCAGUAGAUCCAAAGAUUUCAUCUCAAACUUUAGGGGAAUCAGCGACUAGUAUACUUUUACACAACAAAAUAGAUAAGUCAUGUGAGGGAAGCCAUAGAUGGGAACUUGAUGGUCAUAUUGUUGAAGGAAAAGCAAGCACACCAGUCUUGGAGUCUUUUGAUUUCUCUAGGCCUGCGUUAUCUGAAUUUCAAGGGCAGAGAAAUGCAGCACAAAUCCCUAAGUGUGUACCUGUGAAAGCAGAGAUGCCAUCAAUUUUAGAGACAAUUAAUAUCACUAGGUGUGGUGCCCUAAGCUAUAGAAAGAAACCAGAAUGUAAGUUUGAAAACAUAGUCAAAGAAAUAUCUCAAGGUAUGUCAAAUAUAUUCAUGAAUUCCUAUCUUUCACCCAUUUCUGUUUCACCUGGCAUCAAAAUUCGUAAAAAAAUAAGAGCAGGAAAAGAUGUGUUAAGAAAAACAAGCAACACUGCACAGCUAAAACAAGAUAAAGAGAAGAGAUUAUUUGCAAAUUCCUGUAAUAAAUGGAGUAUCUCAAGCAACACGUUAGAAGCAAGAUGGCAAAAUGAAGAAGAAAAAAAGAACAAAGACGUUUUAUUUGAAGCAGAUCUACAGUUCCUAAAGAGCACAGAAAGUAGAAAAGACCCAAAUAUGCUUAUUACAGAGCAAGAAGCACAGCAACAAACUCUGGUUUCAGAAAAUGUAUUGAAGUCUCUUAGUUCUUCUAUAACAACUGCAUUUCAGACUGAAAAGCUGAAGAUCAGCCCAUCCCAAGAAAACGUACUGUAUACCAGAGAUGGAAAGAUUCCAUGUCCAAAAUCAGAGAAAGCAAUGGUUGACAGUCUUGUAGUUGAUAAAACAGAGUAUCGUACUGUAUUUGAUGGAAACCCUACAAGGAAGCUGGACAUUCAUAAUGCAGUUUCCCUACAACCUGAGGAAGGAAAGGAAAACAUAAAAACUCAGAAAGAGGUAAAAUACACAGUUGAUCAAAAUAUCCUCCCUGCCAAAUCAGGGAACUCAGUGCUUGGAGAUCCAUAUGAUGAAACCCCUUGGAGGAAACUGAAUAGUCAUAUUGCCAAGAAAAAUGAAGAGAUGCAAAGAGAUUUGCUACCAAUGGACAUGAUGUCUGUUUUAUCUGAUUCUAAAAGGCAGAAAAAUUUAUUAAAAUUUCCAGAAAGGAAAGAUAUUCUGGGUCCCAAAUAUGCAACUAUGAAGGCAAAGAAGCUUCUGUGUUCAAAGGUGCUUAAUAUCCCCAAGCAUGGUAAUCUACACCAUAAGAAGGAACAGGAACGCAUUUUAAAAUCUAACAUAAAAGACAUGCAACAAAAUAAAAAUAUAGCUCAUUCAUUUUUGUCUCCCACACCUGUUUCAACUGAUAUAAUUGUAGACAUUGAAAUGCAUAGCAGAUCAAAAGAAGAGACAGAUGAAGCAAGAGUAAGAAUAUACAAUUCUACUCACCCAGAAUUAGAGCAGUCAUCACAUGAUGGGGAAGCGUGGAAGGCCAGUUUGACUGAUAUGCAAAGCCGAUCAAGCGACACAAUGAAAAUGAACCUGCAAUAUGAAAAGGAAGAGAAAAACCUUAAAACAAUGUUAGCAGAAUCAGUUUCACACUUCAGUUUCAGUGCACAUCAAAUGAAAGAUACUGGCAAACCAGAAUCUGAACUGAAUAGUUCAGAAGUCAGGAAGACACAGGAUUUGCUUUGUACAGUGCAAAAGAUGAAGCAAGAAACAGAGUGUAGAACAACUGGAUUGAAGCCUGUUUCUGGACAUAUGAUGAAUUUUCUUCAAGUUGAGCCAGUGAAACAAGGUCUCCAUAGACCAGAAGGAAGAAAAUAUGUGUUAGAUCUAAAGACUCCAUUUCCAAAAGCAGGGAAAUCAGAGAUUGGUUUAAUGCUAUAUGAUACUCCCUGGGAUAUAAUUCCUAGAAGAAAAUGGGAUAGUCCUAUUCCUAAGAAAAGGGCAUUAAAUCAAAAAGACUCUUUAACAACGAUCUUAAAACCUUUAGGUUUUUCUGCCCUUGUUUCAUCUGAAACGAAAAGCCAGAACUACACAGAGUUUGUAGGCAAGAAAAGUAGAAUUAGUCCCAAGCAUGUAACUUUGAAGGCAAAGAAACUACCGAUUUCACAGUUAAUUAAUAUCCCAGGGUGUCACACAGGAGGUCAUAAAAAGAAAAAGCAGCACAACUUUAAGUACACAACGAAAGAGAGGCAACAGAAUGCAAGUGUGGGGGAAACAUUACUCAGUACCACUCAUCCUCCCAUGUCUGUGUCACCUGAUGUGAAAAUAAUUAACGUAUCAAAAGCACACACAGACAUUCCUAGAUUAGACCUGUUCAGUGAUCAUCAGCUAACACACAAUACAUCAUCAGAUGAAGUGGAAGCUUGGUCUAAAGAUUCUGUUGAGGAGAGGUGCACGUCAAGAAUCAGGACAGAAGCAAAACAACAAGAUAAAAAGGAAGAAAAAAAUGACAAAGAAGCAUUAGGGCAUCGGAGUCGAGUUUCGUUACAAAUGCAGAUUGUGAAGGAGAGCAUAAAAGCACAAAAGGUCAUAAAAUGUAGAGAAAAUCUGAAGCGUUCAUCUGCAAAACCAGAGAAAUCAGUGAUUGGAGAAAUGUUUUUGAGCACAACAGAGCAUGGUGCUUCUUGUGUUGAAAGCCGUAGGAGGAAUAUGGAUGGUCAGAUCAUAGGAGAAAAGGUAGGCUUUCAAAAAGGUUUGCCAGAAAGUGUCCUGGAGCCUUGUGAUUUAUCUGUGCCUGUUUCAUCUGAAAAUAAAAAGCAGAGAAGUACAGUACAGCUACAAGACAUGAAAAGAACUAUGAAUUACAGAUAUUUAACUACAAAGGCAAAGAAGCUACCAAUUCCACAGUUAUUUUACGUCACAGUAUGUAGUUCUCCAAGCCAUACGAAGGAACUAAAAAGCAAGCAUAAAUACAACAUGAAACUGACCUUGCAAGAGAAACGCCAAGCAGGUGCAUUUCUAAAUACCAGUCGUUCUCCCAUGCCUGCUCUACCUGCUAUCGAAAUGGAUAAGAAAUUAAAAGCAGAGGUGCACAUGUCAAGACAAAUAAACAAUCUUAUACAAACAAAUCAAGAAAAAUCAGAUGACAGGAAAGCAUGGGUUACAUGUUCUAGUGACAAGAGAAGGUCCUCAAGAGAUACAAUCAAAGAAACAUUGGAAGAGAAAGAAUACCAAGAAAUUGUACCAAAAGAAAUCUCACCUUACAUACCAUCACUCAAGUCUGAUACAUACCAAAUAAAAAAGCCUGACCUGGUCAAAUCAAAAAAUGAAAUGGAUAGUCCAGGAAGAAGAAAAGUUUGGGAUUCUCUUGUGAGAGAACAAGAUGUGCCGCAACAAACAUCCAUUCCAGAAAUUGUUUUGAAUUCCAUUUCCUGCCACAUAAUGAAUCAGUUUCGAGUCAAGAAGAUGAAGGAAAGCCAUCAAAUACAAAAAGGAACACAAGUUACUGACAGUGCUAAGAUUUCACAACCCAAAUUAGUGAGUGAUAAACUCUCAUUUGAUACAACAGAGAGGGACACUGAGUCUAAUGGAACACUUCCAAAAAGUCUGGGUAGUUACGCUGCAGAAGAAAAGACAGAGUUAGUAGAACAUUUAACAACAACUCUCUUGGAACCUUUAGAUUUCCUCAUGCCUAUUUUAUAUGACUCUAAAAGCCAGAUAAACCCAGUACAAUUAUCAGAAAAGGAAAUUGUAUUGAAUCCCAAAUGUCUAACUAUGAAGGAAAAGAAGUCACCAAUUUCACGGAUACUUAAAAUCAAUGGACUGUUUCCUACGAAACAUAAGAAGAAGCGUGAAUCCAAUUUUAAAACCAAAAUGAAAGAGAGGUUGCGAGGUAAAAAUACAGCUGAUACAUUUCCAAAUACCAUUUACUUCACACCAGAUACCUCUGCUAUUAAAAAGCAAAGCAGAUUCAAAACAGAGAUAGACACAACAAGAGUAUCAAGGUUUAGCCAUCUACAGCUACCACAAGUGGACUCACCAGUUGAAGGAAUAGCAAGGCAUUCAGAUUCCAUUGGAAAGGGUGGUGCUUCAAACAUUUUAAAGAAAGCAAAAUUACAUGAUGGAGAAAGUGAGGAAGAGAAGCAAGAACAUCUAAUAGAAACAGGUCCAGUGUAUACCAAAACCUUCAUGGUAAAUGCCUAUCUCAUAAUGGAACGUGAUCCUGGCAAAUCACAAGAUGCCAUUUUAGAUGAAUCUUUUUCCCCCAGAAGUCGGAUCUACAAAGGGAAUCCAGAAAAAAAUUCAGAAAUUCAAAAAAAUAAAAAUAUGACAGAAAGUCUCAAGAGUGGACUCCCAAAGAUGGAGAAAUUGGAAAUUUGUGUAGAACUAAGUAAACCAACAGGCGAUGCUAUAUCUAGUAAAUCUGGUAAAAAGAUAAGUGGAAAUUCUGUUUUAAAAGAAAGAGCUCAUUACAACAGUUUAGCAGGAAUUGUCCUAGAUUCUGUUGGCAGACAUUUGCCUGCUUCAGAAAAAAUUAAAAGACAGAAUGGUAGCCUAAAUAUAGCUGGCAUGUCAAGUGCAAGUCCCAAAGGUAUACCUUUGAAGGUAAAGCAAUCACUUAAUACCACAGGUGAGGCUACUGUAAGCAUUAAUAAGAAACAGGAACAGAACUUUAAAGCGCAGAAUAUAGAAGUAGAGAAAGAUAAAGCUGUCUUCAAUGCAGAGCUAAAUUUUAUAUGCCCUUCUAUACCUAUUUCACCAUACAUAGAAAUGGAGCAAUCACCUAGUACGUGGAAUAUAUAUACAGAAUCUUCUGAUACGAGAAAUGCUCCAAAUAAAGCAAAAGCUAGAGAGAAAGAAGAGUAUGAGCAACCGGUUUUGUUUACAACAGCUUCACAGUAUACCCAGCCAUCUGGGUUUGGGGCAGAUCAAAUACAAGAGCCUGACGCUUUCAAAUUAGAAGUACCCUUCAUCGAUACAGACUGCCCCGAGGACAUCACUCCUCAUAAAACAGAAAUUGGUUUAAUAGAACAGGAGACAAAGAUGGCAGUUGUAGAAGAGAUUCUUCCAGAGUCUGUUUUUUUCUCUAAGAUAUGUCAGCCUCAUACUGAAAAGCAGAAGAUAAAAUUUACAACUGCAAACUGGAAAACAACAGCAAAUCCAAAGGUGCUGGUUCCAAAGGCAGAGAAAUCAUUCAUUGAUGCACAUUGUAUUAGAACAGUAGAGUGCAACAAUUCAGUACAGCACAGAGAAGGAAAAGAAGUAGAAGGGCGAGGCCAUUUUGCCUUGCAUCGGAAACAGCAAGAGUCAUAUGUCUUAGGAAGUAUCUGGGGUUCUGUUUAUGCUGAAACACCUACGUAUCCUGACAUUACAAAACAUAAAGAUAAGGCAAAAAUAGCACAUAUGAAAAACACUAUGCAUUUCAAACAAGUAAAAUUGAAGACAAAGAAAGCACCAGUUUCCCAGCUGUUUAAUACUGUUAGGAAUGGUACUCGAAACAAUAAAAAAGAACUGAGAGGUAACAUUAGACAGGAAAAGUCACUCCAGCAGAGUAAAAAUGUAGUAGAUUUAGUUCUGAAAGCUAUUUAUGAGUCUGUAUGCAUUAUUUCUCACGUUCAAAAGCCCAGAGAAGAAAUAAAUAUGGAGAAACACAAACUGAAAGGGGAGGUACUCAUUUUUCCACAGCUAAAGCUAGAGAAACUGCUAAAUGGAACUCAAAUGUUAUCUUCAGGAUCCAUUAAUAAUUCCAGCAACGUUAAAAACCUCGAACAAUAUAUGACAGAACAAAAACGUCAAAGCAUUUUAGUAGAUGUACCCCAACCAUAUAUCCAACAGUUAAGGAUUAGCUCACAACAAAGGAAGAGGCAUCGUCAUGUCAAAUUCAAAGUAGAUUUGCAGAGGAAGGUGUGCUCUGAACCAACUUCGCAGAUAGGAGAAUCUGAUUACACUGCACUAGAUACCCCAAGAAGCAGAAGAGGAGAAGUCUGCAUUAAAAGGCAAGAGGCCCAGGAACAGAAUUCUUUCCUGAAGCAAGAAAUGCAGAAAGUAGAAAUGAUUCCUGAGACCAGUCUGGAAUCUAUUCCUUGCCCCAUGAAGGAACCUCUUCAUUUAGAAAAAACAAUAAGCGUCAGGACAAAACAACAUUUAAAAUUCUCAACUCCACAGAAGAAAAAAGAAUUGAAGUUAAGUAAUAGUCUAUCAAGUUCAAAAGAACAACAAUUUCUUAUUCCGGGGGUAAAGGCCCGGCAACAGGAGCCUUUCACAAGCAUUAUUCUGGAGCCCAUGUCCUCUUGCAUGCUGGAUCAGCUUCACACUGAAAAGCCAAAGGAAGAUGUAAAAAUAAAAGAUAUAAUUUUAAAGAUUUCAGAUCAACAGGUAAAGAAAAUAUCAAAUGAAGCAGAUAUUUCAAGUAUGGAUCAUAUGUCAAGAAAUACAGAAAAACUACUUUUACUUAUUAAAGAACAGGAGAAGAAGAGGAAAAAAAUUAGAAAGAAGAAAAAAUUUAAAAUAGCAGCAGACAUGAAAGAAAAAGUGAGUUUCAGUCCAGUUCUAGAGUAUUCACCAGCUGGAGUACAACUUAUUAACACAACAGAGCAUGUUGGCACAUUCAAGCAAAGAGAUGGAAAGGAAUUGAACAGGAGUUUGGCCAUGCGAAAAGGACAGCACACGUUGUGUGAUCCAGGGAUUAUCUUGGAUUCUGUUUAUACAAAUGUACGUAUUUCUCCUGAAGCUAUUGGCCACAAAGAUAAAAGAACAGGUAUCAUGAAAAGCACCAUAUAUCCCAAAAGGAUAAAAAUGAAGGCAAAGAGAACACUUGUUUUCCAGUUACUUAAUAUUACAGGAUAUGGAAACCAAAGCAAUAAGAAGGAACUGAUAAGUAACAUUAAGAAGCAGAUGAAGGAAUUCCAGCAAGGUGAAAAUGUAGCCAAUUUAUUUCUGAAAACUACUUGUGAUUCUGUAUAUAUUCCAUCUCAUGUUAAAGGGUUUAUAGAAGUAAAAAGGGAAAAAGACAAGAAAAGAAAGCAGAUCAUCAUUCCUCCACACCUAAAGCUGAAGAAAUCACUAAAUGAAAGAAAAAUGUCACCUUCAGAGUCCAUUUAUAAGAGUGAUUUAUCAAGAAAUACUAAAAAAACAAAGCGAUGUAUUAGAAAGCGAAGAAGAAGGCACCCAACUAUUUCACUAGGCAUUCUCCCACAAUACAGAAAUCAGUCAGUGAUUAGCAAACUGAAGAAGGAGCCUAACCAGGUCGAAUUAAAAGUAGAUUUGGAAAGAGAAGCGUAUCCUGACCUAUCUUCACAAAAAAGGGAAAUCAGUUACACUUGGUUCAACAUCCCAAGGAUUAGAACAAAUAUAGAAUUUGACCUCCUUAUUAAGCAAAAAGUAAAGGAAGGUGAUGUAGGCAUUGCCAAACAUUUAUUUUCAAUUCCAUGGGCAAGAGAAAGAUCAGAGAAAACUGAUAUUUCAUUAAGUUCCAAAGUACAAAAUACGCUUUUUACAGAGAUAGAAACAUCUCAACAGAAGACUUGCAAGGAGCAAGAAAUGCUGAAACAGGAAAGUAUUUCAGUAACAAAUCUGAGGUCUGUUACUUGUCCCAUUGUGGAACUUCUCCCUCUGGAAAACACCAGACAGGUGACUAAGGAAGAAGAUGUGUACAUUAACAGAAGAAAUAUUUCAGAUCUAUUGGAAAGAGAAGGAUUAAAGGACACUGACACUUUGCUAGGUUCAAAAGGACAGAAAUUUCUUUGUGCAAAUCUAGAUUUCCAGCAAAAAAUAUCUGGAGUGCAGGAAGGAGAGGUGAAACCAGAUCCCAUUCCUGAAAGUAUUUUGAGUUCUAUAUCUUUCCCCAACAGGGAACCUCUUCAUUUAAAACGGGCAGUAAACAGAAAAAGGAAAGUAAAUGUUAGCAUCUCUAUAAAUUUACAUGUAAAUCCAUGGAGAAAAGAACAAUUAAAGUUAACCAAUAUUCCAUUGACAUCAAAUAAACAGAAAACUAACUUUUCAAAAAUAUUAGAGGCAAACAGUGUGGAUCACACUCUGAGUACAGAAGGAAUUGGAUUGCUUAUUACAGGAGAAGUAGAAGAGAAGACAGAAAGUAUACACCAGACUGUUCUAAAGCCAGCUUCUCAUUCUUCGAUGUAUAUACUUCAAAGUCAGACACCAUAUGUAAAGAGGGCAUCAGAAGAAAUAAUUAGCACCGUGGGUCAUACUUCAAGUGCAGAAAGAAUUGGCUUGUUUCUUGAAGGAAAAUUAGAAGAGCAACCAGAAAGUAUACCCCAGACUUUUCCAAAGCCAGCUUCUCACUCUCCGAUGGAUAUACUUCAAAAUCAGACACGAUGUGUAAAGAAAGCAUCAAAAGAAGUAGUUAGCAUCAUAGAUCACACUUUGAAUACAGAAGAAAUUGGCUUGCUUGCUACAGGAAAAGAACAACCAGAAAGUAUGCACCAAACUAUUCCAAAGCCAGCUUCUCACUCUUCGAUGGAUAUAAUUCAAAGUCAGACACCGUGUGUAAAGAAGAUAUCAGAAGAGGUACUUAGUGUCAUGGAUCACGCUCCGAAUGCAAAAGGAAUUGGCUUGCUUAUAGAAGAAAAGAAAGAACAACAAGAAAAAUAUACAUAUGAGGCUCUUCCAAAGCCUGCAUCUCACUCCAAAUUAGAUCUACUUGAAAUUAAUAUCCAAAAUCAACCAGUAAAGUUAGAUGAUAUGAAUACUAUGCAUUCUGCAUAUUCAACUUCACAGGCUAAAGAAGCAUUACAACAAAUAGAUGACAUAGGUGUAUAUACUCAAAAAAGUAAAGCAAAACAAGAGCAAAAGCAGCAGCACCUGUCAGGUUUAGGUGAGAAUUUUCUGGAGCAUAUGUCUUACUUUAAAAAUGAUCCCUGUCUCCUUCGAUAUUUAAUGCUCCAGAAAACGGAAGCAUUAUCAGAAGUAGGUAACCUGUCAAGCAUGGCAAAAGGAUUAGACUUGUUUUGUAAAGAUCAACUGAAUACUCUAUGUGAGUAUGGACCAGAGUGCAAUGUCCCCUCAAUUAUUCCAAGGCAAAUUAAAAAACAAAACAAAAUGUUGCCUUUAGAUUCAUGUAGUAAAACUGUAAAAUAUCGGAAUGCUUCACUUCCAAGAGGAAGGAAAUCACCAGAAGGGGCACGAGUAAUUAAUUCAAUAUCAGAUAGUAGCUCACCCAAGCUAAGAGUUAGAAAGAAGGUAGAAUCACAUAAUGCAGUUCAAAAGGUGCAAAAUGAAGCACGUCUACCUGUAACUUCUCCACAUUUUCUAUAUAUCUGUAUGCCUAUUUUGCCUGAAAGUAAAAGACAGAAGGUUAGUAUUAAAAAAGGAGAUAAAGACAUAGUCUGGCCUGAAAGAAGAGCUUUGAAGUCAAAUAAAUCAGUAUUUUCACAUGUGCUCAAUGCCACUGACCAUGGUACCCCAAGCAACAGACCAGAACAGCGGUGGAACAUAAAAGAGAAAAUGGUAAAUAUAAAACAUAGAAAGGGUGAGCCAGAUGUGUUUGUGACAAAAACAUAUGAUUCCAUAUCUUCUUCACCUCACCUCAAAUUGAAUAAAGAGACAAUUGAUGGAAUUAUCUCACAUAAUGUAAGAAGAGAAAAACAAUAUAUAUUCCAGAAAGAGGAGAUGGAUGGAGUAAAAGCAGUUGAUAUGAAAGGAAUAAUGGACCCCAAGGUUAUAAUACUGAAGGUAAGGAAAUCACCACUGUCACGUAUACUUGAUGAAAGGGACUUGCUGUUGCAGUUGAGCAUUAAAAAACAAGGGAGCAAGGUGCAGAAAGAUAAAGGUAAAUCAGGUAUAAAACCGACAAACUUGUGUGCUGCUUUACCAUCUCCAUCACAUUUUAAUUUGAAGUCAAGAAUAAAAGUAGAAAAAGAUAAGCCAGGACUAAAGCCCCAGCUCCAGGAAUUAUCAGAUACAAUGAAAAUAUACAAAGAGCCAACUGACAAUCUUUUAAGCCAAAUUAGAAAAGCAAAACAUAUGCCACAGAAAGAUGAAGGUAGAGGGGAAAUGACUUUGGAAGGAAUAACACAUCCCAAAGGAAUAGCUUUGAAAACAAAGAAACCGUCAAUUUCACAGAAAUUGCCACUAAACAUCAAAGAAAAAGAGAAAAAGAUGCAGGAAGAUAAAGACAAACAAGCUGGGAUUCAGAGUAAAUCUUGUACUUCCAUCUCUCUUCCACCUUACUCUGAAUUGAACACAAGAAUAAAAGGAGAGGAAGGCAUGCUAAUAAAAAGAUCUUCUUUUCAACAACUAAAUCUUCAGAAGCUAUCAUAUGUAAGGAAAAUAGCAUAUAAAAGAUCUAUUUGUGGUGAUAUUUCAAACAGUGUAAAAAAAGCCAAAGAACAUAUGAUGGAGGAAGAAGAGGAAGUAAAAAUGGCUAAAGUUAUACCUUUGAAGAAAAAGAAGUCACCAGUUUCACAGGAAUUUCAGUUGGACAUCAAAGAGCAAGAGAAAAAGGUACAAAAAGUUACAGAUAAACCAAGUAUGGUUCUGUCUAAUACCAGCACUUCCAUACCACCUCCAUCUCAUGUAAAAUUAGAUACAAGAAGGAAAAUAGAGGAAAAUAUAAUGGAAAUAAAAAGAAACUCUCUUUCAGAACUGUCACACCAGAAAUCAUCUGAUGCAGUGAAAACAGCUAGUAAAGAGUCCAUUGGGGGUGAUAUCAUUAAUCAUGCACAAAAAGCAAAAAAAUAUAUGCUGCAGAAAGAAGAGGAUAAAGUACAGGUAUCAUCCAUAGGAGACAUAAUAUAUCCAAGAGGUAAAGAUUUGAAGGUAGAGAAAGUAUUUUCACAAUACCUAUCAUUGGACCUUAAAGAGCAAAGGAAAAUGAAUCAAGAAGGUAAAGGUGAACAGGAAGCAACCUUGACCACAAAUUGGGCUUGUGAAUCUUUUCUAACUCAUCAUGAGUUGGACAAAAGAAUAGAAAGAGAGAAAGAUACACAAGAUAUAACAAGAUCUGCUAUUUCACAACUACAGCCCCAGAAAUCAUUUGAUGCAGAGAAAAUAGCACAUACAAAAUCAGUUGGAGAUGAUAUCCCAGGUGUUGUAAAAACAGUACAAGAGUACAAGCCACAGAAAGGAGAGGAGAGAGGAGAAAUAGUAAAUGUGAAAUACGUAAUGCACCCUAAAGGCACAACCUCCAAGGCAAAGGAAUUACCAUUUUCACAUGUGCGCAGUAUCACUGGAGGUGUUGGGCCCAAAACUGGAGAAGUACAAAUGAAUAUAAAAGAGAAAAUGGGAUAUGUACAGGAAAGAAAAAGUGAACAAGAAGAGGUCCUGACAAUACCAUCUCCACCUCACUUUGAAUUAGACACAGGUAUAGAAAGCAAGAAAGACAAACUAAGAGUAGCAAGAUCUUUUCUUCCACCACCAUGUCACAUGGGACCUUCUGAUGCGGGGAAACGAAAGUAUACAAUGUCGACUUUGAAUGAUAUCUUAAGCGAUUUAAAAACAACAAAAUAUAUGACACAAAAAGAAGAGGAUGAAGUAAAUAUUGCCAUUGAGAAAGGCAUAAUGCAUCCUAAGUACCUUGCUUUCAGGGCAAAGAAAUCACCCCUUUCCCAAAUACUCAAUACAAAUAAACUUCAACUGACCAUUAAAGAGCAAGAGAAAAGGGGGCAGGAAGGUAAAGGAGAAACGGUUGUGAUCCUGAGCAAAACUUAUACUUUUGCAACCUCUUCAACUCACCUUAAAUUAGACACAAUAAAAGAAGAGGAGGGUGAGCUAGGAAUAAUAAGAGACUACGUACCACAUCUUGAGCUCCAGGAAUCAUUGGCUUCUGGGCAAAUAGCAUCUACAGAGUCAGUGGAGAGUAACAUUUUGAGCCACACAAAGAAAAGAAAACAUCUACGACAGAAAGAGGACAGAGUAAAAACAGCCAUGAAUGGGUUGAUGCACCUCAAAGACACAGUUUUCAAAGCAAAGAUAUCACCACUUCCAUAUGUGUUCAGCAUCACUGAGGAUGGUUCUCUGACCACGAGGAAGGAACCACAGUGGAGCAUUAAAAGGAAAGUAGAACAGGAGCUGGAAAGAAAAGGAGAACCUGAUGUGAUUCUGACAGAAACUCAUACUUCCAUGCCUUCUCCAUCUCACCACAGAUUAGAUACAAGAAUCAAAGUAGACAAAGACUCGCUUGCAAUUAUAAGAUGCUCUCUUUCACAAUUAAAGACCCAUGUACCAUCAGAUGCAGGGAAAAUCAGAUGUGCAGAGUCAAAUAAAGGGAAUAGUUCACAUAAUGUAAUAAAAGCAAAUCAGCAUAUGCCACAUACAGAGGCAAAAGACAGAAAAAAAAUGGAAGAUAGGAAAGGUAUAACACUCCUCAAAUUAAUAACUUUGAAAUCAAAGCCAUCCCCACAUCUAUUAGAGUAUAACUUUGACAAACGAAAGAAAGUAGCUUUGUGGAAUAAAGAUGCCUCAGGAAUAUUUAUCAGAAGUCUCUCUAUUUCUAUGAUGAGUCCACCUCACACUAAAGAGCAAGGAGAUGAAGUUCGGGAAAGCAAAGGUAAACCAGGUAAACCAGUGGUUCUCAGAAGAACUUCUGCUUCCUUACCUUCUCCUCCAUCUUACCUUAAAAGGAGCACUAGAGUGAAUGAAAAGGAAAGCAGAGUAAGAAUAACACAAUCCUAUUUUCCACCACCAAAGAGUCAAGAUCCCUUAGAUUCAGGCAAAAAAGCAUAUACUGAGUCAAUUGAUGAUUAUAUGUUAAGCAACAGAAAAGGACCAAUACAAUCUAUAACACAGAAAGAAGAGGAAGAUAGAAGACUCAAAAUAGAUGUGAAAGAGAAAAUGCUCCCAACAAGUGUGAAUUUGAAGGCAAAUACAUUACAGUGGGAAAUUGAAGAGCAAGAGAGAGCAUUGCAGGAAAACAAAAAUGAACUAGUUCUAGAUCUGAAAACCAUUUUUGUUUCUUUACUUACUCCACCACAUCUUAAAUUGGAUACAGCAGAAGGGGAGACAUACAUGAUAAGAAUUACAAAAUUGCCUCUUCCACAACUGAAGUCCAAGGAAUCAACAGAUGCAGAGAAAAUAGCAUAUCCAGAAACAAUUGAUGGAAAACUCUCAAGUAGUGUAAAAGAAUUAAGAGAACAGAUGCUAAAGAAAGAAGAGAAGAAUAGAGAAAAAACCAUGGAUAUUAAUGGUAUAGUGGAUCCCAAUGAUAUGUAUUUAAAGGCAAAGAAACCACCUAUUUUACAUACACACAACCUAACUGACGUGGAAACUAAGGAACAAGAGGAAAAAGUCCAAGAAGAUAAAGGUGAUCCAGAUAUUGUGGUGACUAAAACUUGUGCUUCCAGGUCUUCCCCACCUCUCCUUAAAAUGAAUAACAGAAUCAAGGAAGAAGGCAUGCCAAUAUUAACAAGACCCUCCUUUUCACAAGUCAAUGUCCAAGAAUCAUCAGAUUCUGGGGAAGUAGUCUAUGCAAAGCCAAUUACUAGUGAUGUUUUAAUCAAUCUGAAAAAAGGAAGACAACAUAUACCAGAAAAAAAGGAAGAGGAUGGAUUGGAAAUAGCAAACAUCAUAAUGCAGGAAUGCAACGAUGAACCAGGUGUGGUUCUGACUAAACCUUCUACUUCAUUACCAUUUCUACCUCACCUCAGAUUGGAUAAAGAAAUACAAGUGGAUGAUGAAAUGCUAGGAAUUACAGGGUCUGUUUUGCAGACAAUAUCAAAUGCAGGGGAAAUCAUACAUACCGAAUCAAUUGGGGGUGAUAUCACAAAAGAUAUUAAAAACAGAAAACAACAUAUACCUCAGAAAGAAGAGAGGGACAGAGCUGUAAGAGACACAAUGCAUCCCACAGAUAUAACUCUGAAGGCAAAGAAAUCACCUCCUUCAAAUGUGCUCCAUAGAACAGAAUUGCAUCUGAACAUUAGAAGUCCAGAAAAAAAGGAACGGGGAAGUCGAGCUAAACCACCAUGUACGGUUCUAAGAAAAAUGUAUACUUCUGAACCUUCUCCAUCUAAGCUUAAAUUGGAUAAAGGUACACAAGUAGAUGAAGAAAUGCUAGAAAUUAGAAAAUCCUCUCUAUGCUCACUAAAGCUUUCAGCGGCAUCAUAUGCAAAGAAAAUAGAGGCAAUUGAUGGUGAUGUGAGGAAACAAAAACAACAUAUGUCACAGAAAAAAGAAGGGUACAAGGUGAAAACAGUAGAUGUGAAGAUGGGGAUGCAUGGCAAAGGUACAAAGAUUUCACCAAUUUCACAUAUGCUUAAUACAAGGAAAUUAGUGUUAAAUAUUAGAACGCCAGAAGGAAAAGGGCACGAAGGUAAAGAUGAACCAUGUGUGGUUCUGACAAAGACGUUUCUUUCCAUACCAUCUGCACCUCCCCUUUUUAUGGAUUCAGGAAUCAAAAUGGACACAGACAAACCAGAAAUUACUGGAUCCUCUCUUCCACAACAACAUCAUCAGGAAUCAUCAGAUACCCAGAAACUUGCAAACAGAAUGUCAGUUGAUGGUGAUAGUAAAAACAGUUUUAAAAGAAUAGAACACCGUGUGCCGCAAAAAGAGACAGUGCAACAGUAUACCUCAAACUUUCUGAUCAGUGUACAGCAAAGGAAGGAACUUCCCCGUGUAAAAUCAGAAGGAGAGCUCAAUCGGUUAGUCUUAAAUUCACAAGAAGAGGGUAUUUAUUUCACAGGAUUUGGUACUAUAAGAAGUCAAAAAAGGAUGGAAUGGCUCUUUACAGAGCAAAAGGCUCAGCCAGAAAAAUACAGAACAGAAACAUUUACCACGUUUCUUUCCUACCCCACAAUGGGUCCAACUAAAAUUGGAAAAAUGCAUCCUAAGGUUUCAGUUCCACUGUCAAGGGAAAUAUCCAAGGAAAUGUUUAUCACAUUUGGCACCCCUGUAAGUUCAAAAGGACAAGAAUUGUCUGUUUCAAAGCGAGAUGCCCAGCAACAAGAAACUUCAUCAAAAGCAUCUCUAGAAUCUGUGGAUUCACAUAAAUUUGUUCAGCCAGAAAAAGAUGUACAGAGUAACAACAAAAUAAGCAAAAUGCUUUCUCCCCAAGUGUCGGCACCACAGACAAAAGAAUCGCCAGAGAAAAUGGAUAUCACAGAAUUGAAUCCCCCCCAAAAUAUGGAAGAACAAGAGAUGUUCAUGAAAAAGCAAGUGGUGCAGCAGGCUGAGAGUGAAGUCAAGAGCAUGUCCAACUCAAUCCUUUCUCUUAAGUUUUCACUUCAAAAUGGAGAGCAGAAGACGGUAUUGGAAAUAGAUGUGAACAAGAAAAUUGCAAUGUCCCCUGGAGUUCUACCAGAAAUACAGGGUAUUACACAGCUUGUUGACACAAGAGGGCAAAAAGAACAGGCAUUGCUUGUUUCAGAACUAGUGGGAUGUAUUCUAGAAUCACUUCAGAAAUCUCUUGUUCCCCACUUGGCUUUUCUGCUUCACUCUAGAGAUCUGGAGGGAAACAAUGAAAAUGGCACAAGCACUACUAUAAAUCUGGAACAGAAAAAAUUAGAAAUGAACAGUAACAGUACUGUGAAUCAGGAAGAAGGGAAAUUAAAAAUAGAUACAAGCAAAGCUGUACAACCGAAAGAGGAAAAAAUAGAAACGCCCAAGAACAGUACUGUGAAUCUGGAGAAGGAUAAAAUAAAAAUGGACUCAAGUCAUGCUGUAAAUAUGGAUGAUCCAUCUCUAAAGGCAAAGGAAUCUCAAAUUAAGACUCAGGCGAUCACUCAUAUUGUGGACAACUGCUCAAUCGAGCAAAAACAUAAAAAAGAACUGGAAGUGUCGAGUGCAAAGCAAAACACUCAGCCACAGAAACUUUCUCAAAGGACUGUUCUGGAUUCAUUUUAUGCCUAUAUUCCUCUUUCUUCCAAAUUUGAAGGCCGGAAAGGUAGAUUAACAAUAACAGAUUUGAAAAGAGAAUUGAACCCCAACUAUUUAACUAUGAAAGUCCCAACUCACCCAAUUUCACAGAUACUUAGAAUCACAGGACAUGGUGCUCCAAACAAUAGAAAGAAAUUAGAGUAUAACUUUGACAAACAAAAGAAAAUGGCUUUGUGGAAUAAAGACACCUCAGGAAUAUUUAUCAGAAGUCUCUCUAUUUCUAUGACGAGUCUACCUCACACUAAAGAAGUCAUAGAAUCCGAGACAAACCCAGAAAGGAAACGGAGAAUCUGUCUUUCUAAAUUCCAGGAGAAAUCACCAAACGCUAGUGAAAUUGCUAGGAGAGCUGCCUCAAGCACUAGAAAAGAAAGGAAACGGAAUUUUACAAAAAUGCUCCCAGAAGAUUCCCAGCCCUUCAUGGUUGAUGAACAACAAAUGAAGAGACUUCUUCGCGUCAGAGCAAACAUUAGUGGUGAAAUAAGUAAAACAAAUCUAACUUCACAAACAAGAGAGAUCAUUCCAGGGCAUGAUGCCUCAAAAAUUAUAAAACAACCUGAUUCGCAUAUUAUUGAUCAAGAAGAAAAUAUACCAAAACUCAUGCUGGAACCCACAAAGUUUCCAUCGAUGUUUGAAGAUCCAAAGGAAAAUGAAAAGGAUCCGAGUGAACCAGUAUGGGAUACAACCACACCAACGAUGCAGCAACGAAAAGCUUUACUAGGAACUGUUCCAAAAUCUGGUUAUGUCCACGUGCCCAUGCCACCCCAAAUUGAAAGCAAUGAAAUGAAAAUAGUGGCAGAUAGUACAAGUGCUGAAAGUUCACUUCCUGUUUAUGGAGAAAUGAAAAAUGUUCUUGAAUCCCAGGGAGAAAAUAUCAUGCUCAAAGACAGCGUUCCUGCUGAUAAGCUAGAGAAAGUGCAAGACCAUAAACCUGAUUACUUGAAGUCAUCAACAACAGUACAUCCCAAAUUGCAGCCAAAGCCCUUUUUCAAUUUUACUACUGAAGGGAAAAAUCAGCUCCCUAACCACUUAGAGUCAAAAGCCCUUGAAAUAAAACUGAGUCUGAUACCAGAAAUAGCAAAUAAAUCCUUGCAAAAGUUCGACACUUAUCCAAAGCAACCUAUUUCAGAAGAAGAUAGCAGUUGGUGGCUAUAUCCAAGAUAUAAAACAGUGUGUUUUAUGUCUCUAGAAGGGAUUGAUACUAUAGAACUUAAUUUAAAACAAAAAGAUUCCCCUAUCAGCUGUAUGAAGCCACUGAUUGUUAAUGUUUCAAGCGGCAAUGAGGAGGUUAUUACUAAGUUAAAGAGUACUAAUAAAUUAGUAUUAAGUGGAAAAUCCUCAAUGACUCCAGCUGGUAAUGAGAUGCCAUCACCUCAUAUUCUCCAAAACUGCUCAGUAGAAGAAAAAGACAAACUUCUCAUGCACUUUUCUAUGAAAACAUUGGAGAUUCGAAUGAAAGCGUUUCCCAAAAUUGUAAGAGAAUCUUUUGCAGUGGCCAAUGUUCAGGACAGAAGGAAACCUUUAUCAAAAUGUAUUCCUUCUGCUGUCAGAGUUCCAAAACAAAGAAACAAAAUUUUAUUAUUAUUUGAGGAGAAAUCUCUUCAUAAAAUAGAUCUGGAUUUACAGUACAAAUACCUUUGUUUUCAGCUGGGGCUUACUGCUGAAAGUAUGUUCCCUAAACCAAAUGAACUUCCACAACAUAAAUUAAACACAAGUACAAUAUGUAAAAAAGUAGACAGUGUUGGAGAAAGUUGUGAUUUUCCGGUUGAUACAAAACUGUUAGAACCACAUAUCUCUUUCAAAAAGCCAAGUUCUCAUGAAAGCUCAUCACUGAUCGGAAAAUUCCCAGAGCCAACUCAUGUGGGUGCUUCUAACCCUGAUCUACACAGCACAGUGCUAAAAGAUACUUAUGUUGUUUCAGAAUCAGAAUCUCAGGUGACCCCAGAAAAAGAUAAAGAAUAUCAUGUCUGGUUUCAAAAAACAAAUGCAUAUAAAUCUUUUGACUUUAAAACUCAGGGAAAUAUUAGUUUAACUGAUACACAUUCAAUUCAGAUUUCUGAAGAUAUUACUGACAUUCAGACAAAUAUGGAGAGUUCAGCUAACUUAGAGAAAUGUCCAUCUCUUGAAAUAUAUGAGAGUGAGGAAUACAUAUUUUUAGAAGCCAGCCCUUAUUUAAGUCAGGAACCACAAAGUAUUCCAUUUGAGUUACAGGAAGGCAUUCCUUUGGAAAAUAUCUACCAGAUGAAAAAUAUCAAAACUGAUUCGAAACAAUUUUACAGUGAAGAUUCAUGUUCCCAUGGUAUUAGAGGCUGUAGAAAACACACCUUAAUUAUGCCACCACCUUCCUAUAAACCCCACAAAAACAAAAAAUAUAGAUCAUCCUCCAAAAGGCAAUCUCCUGAUUGGUUUUGCCAGAGUUCAUUAAAUACUGCAAAAAUUCAGUCUAUGUCAUCUAUAUCGUUCAGUGAAGAGAAACUUUCAUGGACUACAAGGAGCAAAUCAAGCUACUCUAUAGCUCCCUUAACUGAAUCAAAUAUCAAAUUGCAUCUUGCAAAAAAUCAAGGCAAACCUCACAUGCAUCUAGAAAGCAAAGAAAGGAAGAAGCCAAAAUUUGAUUUAUUUAGAAAGAACAACAUUCAUUUGGACUAUGAUUACAGUUAUUCACUAAGUAAACAGAAAAGGCCAAGAAAAAAGAAAGUGCAUUAUUAUGAAUCAGAAAGCUCAGCAUGGUAUUCCCAAAGCAGACAUAAGUCAUCAUCAAAACCUCAACAAGAAUAUAUCGACUUCCAUUCUGCAACAAAACAAAGCAAACCAUUUUUUUAUGCCUGUAUACCAGCAGACUCAAUGGAGAUCAUUCCGAAAACCAUUCGCUGGACAAUUCCUACCAAAACCUUAAAGAAGAGAAACUUCACCAUUCCCCUGGUGGCAAAGAUGUCAAAUUCCUGGAAUAUACUGAGUUCAUCCAAAAAGUUGUUGGGGUCAUUCUCAGGGUCCUUUAGCUCAACUCCAGUUCAUCAAAAAUGAUAUUACUAUAUCCAGAUUCCUCUUAAGUGGAAAGCUGGUUGCUA